GAGAGCCGUGAUAACUAGUGCAUUUUGAACUACUUAAAUAAUAUCCCUUCUAAGCUUCAAGUUCUCCAACCUUUUCUCCCACCUUUCCUCCACCCUUUCUCCCAGUCUCUCUUUACCUUCCUUUUUACCUUCCUUUACCUUUACUUUCCUUUAACUACCAAUUUACUUUGUCAAAUCCCUCAGUUCUACAUCCAUUGGAACUCCAAUUGAUGCUAGAAACUGUCUAUUCUCCAUAAACCACUUCACUCUUUCAGGGUCUUCAAAUUGCCAACAUGAAGAUUCUUCAACUACUCAGCUGGCUUUUAGCUAUCUCACUCCAAUUGCAGACUGCAGUUUCCCUUCCAGGUUAUACUAAUCUCAAUCACUUUCGACGUGCAGCCGCCGCCGCCGCCGAUUCAGAGAUAUGCACUGUUGAUGGCAAAGCUGUUUUUGCUCAUUUUAUGGUCGGCAAUGUUCCCUUUUGGGGAGUUUCACAAUGGACCAAAGAUAUGACAAAAGCAAAACAGGCUCACAUUGAUGCCUUUGUCUUGAAUAUGGCAAGCACAGAUCAGAACCUACUGAUCCAAGUAGCUUAUGCCUUUGCUGCUGCCAAGAAAGUCGGUUUCAAGUGUCUUUUCUCAUUUGACGAAACCAGCGACUGGACAUACGACACCAUUAUGGGUUACCUCAAUCAAUACAUUGGAAACGAUGCCUACUAUAUCUACAAGGGAAAACCUUUGGUAUCCACUUUCGAAGGAGCAGGUAAUUCUGAUGCUUGGCGCCAAAUCAAAUCACAGACUGGCAUUUUCUUUAUUCCAGAUUGGUCUUCUCUAGGUGCUCAAGCUGCUGUGAAGCUUGGUGUUGCCGAUGGUCUCUUCAGUUGGGCUGCUUGGCCUUGGGGCGACACAGACAUGAAUACAUAUGUCGACGCCUCGUACGCCGAUUUUCUUGGUAAAACAAUGCCUUACAUGAUGCCUGUCGGCCCUUGGUUCUAUACAAAUCUGCCAGAGUGGCACAAGAAUUGGCUUUGGCGAGGCGACGAUCUGUGGUAUGACAGAUGGGAAGAAGUUCUGUUUUGGCAACCUAACCUUGUUGAAAUCAUCUCAUGGAAUGACUAUGGAGAAUCUCAUUAUGUCGGACCUAUCGACGAAACAACCAUGGGUGCAAUGCGAAGUGCCCCUUACAAUUAUGCUUUGGGAAUGGACCAUGACGCUUGGCUCUUGUUUCUUCCUUACAUCAUCGAAACCUACAAGACUGGAUCUUCAAGUAUAGGCCAAGAGGGAGUCCAAGCCUGGUAUCGUCCCAAUCCAAAUUCUGCAGGUUGCAGUACGAACGGCACAACAGGAAACACCGCUUCUCAACUUUUGAUCGAGUUUCCUCCAUCUAAGGUGGUACAAGACAAAGUUUUCUUCUCUGCACUUCUCUCUUCCGAAGCAGAUGUCUUCGUGACCAUCGGUGGCGUUGAUACUGGUGCUAAAUGGUUGAAGAAACCAUAUGGAGGCGUGGGUAUAUAUCACGGAAGUGUUGACAUCAAUGGUGUUGGACCUGUGAUCAUCGUGGUCAGCAGAGGCGGCAACAUCGUAGCCUCAGCUAUCGGUGACGUCCACAUCUCAAAUGACUGCCCUCUAGGAAUCGCAAACUACAACGCAUAUGUUAUGGGUGCAAUGGGAGACUCAUCUUCUACUUCGCCUGACAUUAAUCUCUGCAACUUGAACUGUACCAGUGGUUCUGGCGCUGGGGACUUUGAAAAACUCUGUUCCUAUUCUUGUGGACUUGGUUACUGUCCCAAAGGCGCUUGUUACUGUACCGGUAUGGGGAAGGCAAAACUUCCAAAAGUUUCAGGACCAGUUGGCUACCCUAUUGCUGGAGCAGAUGCAAACUACGAGGGAUUAUGUAACUUUGCUUGUGUUUAUGGUUACUGCCCUCCAGAACAUUGUGGUACGGUAUCCGGUCUGCCGAUGGCAACACCAACAGUUUCGCCUUUUACGCCUCCAGCUUGCGUCCUUGGUACUGGUGUCGGUCUGCUCGCAGGUCUUUGCAGCUUUUCGUGCAACUUUGGGUAUUGUCCAAUGAAUGCUUGCACUUGCACUAAACAAGGUCCACUUAAUGUAACACCUAAAGCAAACACCAAUGUUGUGGCCGUCCUGCAGCUGGGCUCGAUUAUGCUAUUUGGGCACCACUCUGUCAAUUUGCUUGCUGGCAUGGAUGGUGUCCGAGCGAUGUUUGCACGACUCUUGAAGAUGGUUCAGGUCCAGUUUAUAUUGACCCAUCCAUAUUCACAGAUCAGGAUCCUGAAGUUGAUUGCAAUCCUCCUUGCACAUUUGUAUUCCCACCCAGUACAUAUGAUGGUGAAACUGUCUUCUCAUUUCCACCAGUCACAACUACUUUGGCUCUCGGCAAAGGUAAUGACGCUACUGUGAUCACCACUGUUAUCACCCCCAAACCAAGCACAGGAUCAACAGUUAGUUUCUUCGACAUGACCAUCAAUGAUUUUUCAGAUUUCUCGUUUUCUAUGACUUCGAUGUUCAAGCCAUCUCCUGUGGUGAUUACCGUCAAUAUGAUCUCGAUUGUGUACACAACUCAAUUGUGGUUCAAUCCUGUCACUUCGCCAUCCAACUGGCAAAUUGGUGGCGAUGCGGCAGGAACCAUUACAACUACAUCAUCAAAUGGUGCUGUCGCAUUUCCUCCUGUUGAAUGGCCGGGUUUGUCGGAGACCACUUAUUGCUCCGGUAUCAUCUGUCAAAGUUUCUCGAUAGAUCAGCUUACAAGUUACACCAAUGAUCCUGAGCGUACAACAGCCGUCAUAUCCAUUCCAGUACCAACAUCCUCAGGAGAGACUACUUCUCCGAUUAUCGUCAUUACAGUGCCGGUACAAUCGUACGGUUACUAUUGGAGACCUAAACCAAACCCCGCUCCUCCUAACAUUCCUUUCCCAACCUUCCCUCCACUUCCAUGGCCUCCAGUACCAAAGUUCCCUUGUAUCAAUCUUGGUCUCGUCAAAAUCAACUGCCCCCCAGACAAGAAACAUCCCACAACCAAAUACAGCCACACUCCCCCAAAGACCACCUGUAAAAAGAAUUGCGGUACUAUUUGUACUGUCAACUGCGACACUACCGGUCAGCCCAGCAGUGAAUCCGAAACAGAGACUGAGUGUGAGACUUCAACUGUUACAGAUAUAUUUGUCUCAUGUCAAACUGGCUCAUGUACAACUACUAAGACAUCUUUGGCCUCAGGAUGUAGUGUGUUAGCAACAUCAACAACUACCCAAGCACCUUGGUGUCCAACUGGAGUUCCUGGUGAGCAAGAGGAAGACACAGACAAUUUAGACAACGCUCCUGUCGUUUACGGCAAAGAAAUUUUCGGUUUGCCCCAAAAUGGCGUCAUCAUCGUGGGGAGCAAUAGAUAUCCUAUCUACUAUGCCCCAAACGAGCCACAGGGAUGGUAUUGGUGGUAUCCUGCAGCUAUCAAGUCGUUCGAACUGCCUGCUUCGAUGUUUAUACCUGGCACAGUCACCUCUACAGUAUACCCCACCAGUAUCGUGCCACAAGGUACCGUCCUCAUCAUUCCUCCCAUUGUCGGAGCUACUCGUUUGGCACCCACCGGUAGCUUUUUGGAGAAGCGAUAUUUUGACACCAAUCAUGAUUGCGGAGAAUGUAUUUCUGAUGAGUGUCAAAUGCGAGCUCAUGGUCCUCUCGAUGCCGCUUGCUGUUUACCGAACAUUUGCGGUCCAGUGUGGCAAGCAUGCAACUGUAGGCCUGAUGGGGAAUGUGCAGGAACUGAUCGCACUUGUUGCUUUGACCAAGGUGGUAUCAAUUGUGCUGCACAAUUGGGUCCUUAGUUAUCUGCAAUAGAUGUAGACCAUAGAUAGAUACUAGAGUUUUCGGGUACAUCCUGUUACAGUAUGCGGAAAUUAGUUAGACAGUUGUCCACUAAUAUAGUAAUAAAAUGAUACGAUAUUCAAAUACUUCGUCUUUCA